AUGGUCUUGAAGGAUAAUGGUGAGUUGGAGUCUGAUAGUGAUGAAGCUGAAAUUGAGACUGUGCAUAAAGCAGAAGGAAUUGAGGAUGAAGCCGAAACCCUAAAGGUUUCAAAUUCUGAAUUGAGCUUGGUGGCAAGGAGAAUGUUGAGUGUCUACAAGGAUGAGGAUAAAGUUCAAAGAGAAAACAUCUUACAUACCCGAUGUAAAAUUCAAGAUAAUUGGUUUUUGGCUUCUGGGUGUUUUCUGUCGGUGAUGUGCACUGAGCUCCUCAUCAAGAAGCUACCAUUCCAAAGGUUGGUUCAUGAAAUUGUGCAGGACUUCAAGGUUGUUCUUUGGUUCCAAAGCCAUGCGAUGUUGGCUUUGCAGGAGGCAGCGGAGGCUUACCUUGUGGGGUUGUUUGAACUCUCCAAUCUCUAUGCUAUCCAUGUCAAGCAUGUUACCAUCAUGCCUACGUAUAUCGAACUUGCUAGGAGAAUCCGAGGUGAGAGGGCUUAA